CAGAUCUGUCGCAUACUGUCUUUUCCUUCAGAAAUAUUAUUCUCCCGCAAUCAAAAAUAUUUUUGUUCUCGUGAUCUCACUCACCGAUCCGAAAACAAUGUACAUGUCCAACAGAAUAGGUAAGAUAAAACCCUCCCGGCCUCCCCCAAGGAAGCGUUCGUUAGACGAUAUCGACGAGCUCACCUACAUGCUGAUGCUCGGCACGAAAGCCGGAGGCAGGUCAUCGACCUCUACCAUUGCGUCAAUCGUGAAGAAAAUGGCGCUUACAGAAAACAAGUGGCUCCCGGAAACCGAAGAUCUUCCAGAGCAUGUCGAGGUCCAUCACCGCCAAACCGUGGUGGAUGAGGAUCUCGAAGAGGAGGAAUCUAGUACUGCAGAAAGCGUUGAGGAACCGACAUCGGAAGUGUCGAUUCCGGACAAAAUUCGAUGUAUAAAGUUCGCAAAUUUGGAAUUUUUCGCUGAAAUGUUCGUGGACGAGAUCAUUGAUAUUUCCGUUGACGUAUGCGAAAAUCUUUUCAAUGCCGCUCUAAGUGGGGAAGGUGGUCUUGUGACAGAAGUUCCAUGCAUUUGCGAUGCUACCAAACCAGCGCCAGAGAAAAUCAAGCUAGGUCCAAGCGACAACUCAAGCUUAUCUUCAGUCGAAAAGAAAGAAUUCUCGGGUUGGCCGACCAUCAAGCAUUUCACUGUCGGCGAAGCUAAGAAGAAGAUAAUGGAAUUCAUGGGCCAAUGGUACUUCGUUGAAGACUGGAAAUAUACCGUACAUUACAUCGGUAGCUAUAGCGACACGAUUUCUGAUUACCACUUGUUCCAGGGAAUGUGGUCAAUUCCUACCAAGGAGUAUCCGAUAGCUCAAGCAACUGCUACAAUUUUUUUCUCAAUUGAAGUUUCAAGAGUCAAACCGAAGUUUUGCCUGGUGGACGUCACCCUUCAGUUUGAAGGAUCAAGCAGUGUAUACAGAGCUGGACAAUUCGAAUUCAUUGAGCAAUGGCUAUUCAACAUUAUUGAUUCAAAACUGAAUUUAUUCAGGACUCUCAGAUUCUGAGUACUAGUAAAGAAACAAGUUGUUUUCUAUUGAUUUUGUUUAUUUAUAUGAACUAAUAUUAAUAAACAUUUACAAAAUAUAAUGAGUUUGAUCAAAUGUUUAAUAACUUGUAAAUCUGUCAAAGUGGAAAUCAACUUAACAACAAAUAUCACAGAAUGAUACUGACAGUCACAGUAAUAUAAUACAUGUUGCUAAAGUAAACAAAUAACAAGAAUACAUCGAUCACUUUAACAUCUCCUUAUAUUAGUAAUCAACAAAAACGAUUUGUUAGAGGAACAAUUACAUUUUACCUGAAUUUGUACUCACAACACUAAAAACAUGAUAAAACUUCAGUUAAAACUUUCCAACUCUUCUCCAGGUAGAAUUUAGCACAUUAUUUAUAAUCAACCCAGUAGUUUUCACAUCCUUUCAACCUUCCUUGCACAAAGAAUUAUAAUACAUCAAUUGAA